UUCAUAACGCUUCAUAACGCUUUAUAAUGCUUCAUAAAAUCGACAUGUCGAGUUCAGGAUGAAUCAUUUUAACCUGCGCGGAUGAAACAUCAACGCUCGCCCUGGUGUGAGAUUAUGAGUGAUUAAUUUGGAUUAUUUGGUGAUCACCCCCUCUGCGCCCCUGUGUGAGGAUGGCGGGUGCAGGAACGGACCUCCUGUCCCGCGUUAGCUCGGUGUUCCGGCGGGACCGCGCGGACUGGGACCUGAGCGACACGGCGCCGUUCGACUUCUCCGAGGAGCUGGGCGACGACGACAUGCCCGGCUUCAACAAGCUGAGGGUGGUGGUGUCGGCCGAGAUGGACGAGUACUCCGGGACGUCCCCCAACGGAGCCGCCGUCAGCACCUUCGUCAGGGGCCACGAGGACGACGACGACGCCCUGCUCGGGUCCUCCUCCAGCCUGGGGGCGGAGCCAUGCGACAGGUGCAUCAAGAGGAAGGAGGACGUAAAGCGGCGCAAAGUGAUGAGGAAGCUAGCAUUCGCCGCCACGCUCUACUUCCUCUUCAUGAUCGGAGAACUCGUGGGAGGCUACAUCGCCAACAGCUUGGCUAUAAUGACGGACGCCCUGCACAUGCUCACUGACCUGGUUGGCAUCGUGGUGUCGUUACUGGCGCUGUGGCUCUCGGCCAAACCGCCCACGCGCACCUUCACCUUCGGCCUGCACCGACUGGAGGUGAUCUCCGCAGGCAUCAGCGUGCUGCUCAUCUACAUUCUGACCGGCGUGCUGCUGAACGAGGCGGUGCAGAGGACCGUCCACCAGGACUUCACCAUCAACGGAGACGCCAUGCUCAUCACCGCCGCCGUGGGCGUGGCCGUCAACCUCAUAAUGGGAUUCCUGCUCAACCAGUCGGGUCACCUACAUUCCCACAGCCACUCGGCCGGCCCCGCCCACUCGCACGGCGCCGCGCGGGGGCAGGAGCAGCACAGUCACGGCAGCCUGGCGGUGCGAGCGGCGUUCAUUCACGCGCUGGGCGAUCUGGUUCAGAGCAUCGGCGUCCUCAUCGCCGCCUACAUCGUCAGGUUUAAGCCGGAGUAUAAGCUGGCUGACCCGGUGUGUACGUACGUGUUUUCCGUGCUGGUGCUGGUCACCACGGUGCGCAUCAUCAGAGACACCGGCCUCAUCCUGCUGGAGGGUGCACCCCGUCACCUGGACGUGAGUGUGAUGAAGGAGGAUCUGUUGAAGUUGGACGGUGUGGAGUCAGUGGAGGAGCUGAAGCUGUGGGCGUUAACCUCCGACCGUACAGCAGCACUCGCACACCUACAGCUGGCGCCGGGCAGCGUGGCUAACUGGGAAGAAGUGCAGGCGAAAGCUCGCCACCUGCUGAUGGCAUCACACGGCGUGGCACACUGCACGGUGCAGCUCCAGAGCCGGCGGCAGAGAAACACACACUCCUGUGCCAACUGUACCACAGCCAGUGCCUAACACACACACACACACACACACACACACACACACACACACACACACACACACACACACACACACACAGUCGAGGUCAAACGUUUACACACACUCAUAUAUACGGACAUGGGCUUUGAGGCUUCUGUUUUUGCUUUCAAGAGACGACUGUUCCAUGACCAUUUAACAGAGGGUGUUUUUUACAAGAAGGGUGUUUCUACGGGCACAGAGAAGUCAUAAUCAGUAACAUUUUUGUGCACCAUCAUAUUAAUCGCCCGACUUGCCGUCCGUAUAUUUACGACCCAGAGACGGGGGGUGUCUGCAAACCUUUGACCUCGGGUGCGAAGCGUCUUCCUAAACGUGUUGCUAUGCAGCCGCCGAGACGCCAAAGCCAGAGACGCGCGUUUUUCUACGAUCCGCCGCCGAUAAGAAUCCGACGUUCCCCCCGACUCCGCCGUGCUAAUUCUGGAACAUUCCUGCCCGCCGAUCCUGUUCGUUGGCGCGACGUAGCAUCGCGAGCGCUGCUGCUGGACAAAAUACCGGAAACGCCACCAAGGGAAGGAAGUCAAAAUAUGAGGCAACUAAUGAAGUUUCACAGGGGCCUUAUAACCCAGCCUGGAACCCGCCUACAGAACCCGAACCGGUACCUCGGUGACCCACUCUCAGCCGAAAUUCUCUGUGGGGGGGGCUUCGGCGCAGCAUCGUUUACAUUUUCGGCAUUUAGCGAAGGUGGGGCUUGAACCGGCGACCUUCUGAUUACUCGUCCAGUACCUGAAUUGUUAGACCACACACACGACCACCGGAUCUACACCGCUGCAGCUUUGUGGAGGGUUCCGAUUGGUUCCCUCAUCCCUCAAACCCUCCCACGAGGCGAACGAGGGUCCGGACAGAUUUCGGGGGUUUCCAUUAUUUUGUCCGGCACCUGAAUCGUAAGACUACAACUUGCCCCAGCAAAGGAGAACGAAAUCUGGACCCCUGAGCAACGAACAAUAGUGACGUUCUCAAGCCGCAGUGCAGGAACCGUGAAGCCACCAGGUGCACCCAUUCCAGUAUACCCACGGUACAGCCCAUGCUUCCUCCUCCACCCAGUCUCGGAGAGCUGGGAUUCGAACCCGGAGAGGUAGACCGCCACCCGCGCGCCCCACACACACACAACCACUGGAUUCGUGGAGGGUUCUGAUUGGUUCCUUCAUCCCUCAAACCCUCCCACGAGGCGAACGAGGGUCCGGACACACUUCGGGGGGGUUUCCGUUAUUUUGUCCAGCAGCCGUGUAUAUCAAAGCGACUCGUUUACGAUUGUUUAUCUGAGAUCUGACGCCUCGUGGCGGCUUCUGUAAACAAACAGGAUCAGAUUUUUGAGAGUCGACUCGGUCAGUAUUUUUAUUUAUAUUAUUUUAGCCAAAGCGCGUUUCUGUAAAAGUUGGGACGCUUAGAAAAAACGCAGUAUCAUGAAGCAGAAUC